AUGGAGGGCUUCGAGAUUUGCGAAAUCGCAUGGUCAAGCUGGCAAAGGCUUCAUGCGGACACUGGGCCUUCCGAGGCCAACAUUGGUGGCUUCGCGCUUCCUUUGUCCAAGCAUGUGGGUCCCGAUGGGCAGGUCCAUGCCUUCGAGCCCUUCCGCAACAUCUUUCAGGUCUUGACUGCAAACUGUGCAAUCAACGGCCUGCUAAGUUGCUUCACCUACCACAAUGCCUUAGGCAACAAGACCGAGCAGCGCCGCCGGCCAAUGCCGGGUCUUGCUGCGGUGGGCAACCCGUCGAAAUCCUUUGUGGUGGAUGAGGUAGCUUCUGAGCUACUUGUCCACCACGACAGCCGCGGGCGGAGCGAGACGGUGCGUGUGGUCCGUCUCGACGACACGCUACAGCUUGACAGGCUGGAUGUAAUGAAGAUUGACGUGGAAAGCGGCGAGUAUGAGAUGCUCCUAGGAGCUGGCGCGACCAUCCGCUCUCACCAGCCGCUGAUCUAUGUCGAGGAUUCAGAAUCCGACAAGCCACCACCAACGCGGGUGAUGCGACUCCUGUCGGAGUUGCACUCCUACUGGUGUGCUGACCCGAAGGAGCUGGGACUCCAGUUAAUGACCUCCACGCUUUGCGUGCCACAGCGAAUGGUUGGUGAGGUCCGUGACCGCAUCCGCCAGAUCAAAUGGACGGGCCCGCCACGAUGA